CGGAAAUUAAUGUUAUUCUACCAGAAGAAACUGAAGAACUGGAAGAUGUUAUCUUUUGUCGACAGUCACGUAUAAUAAACGAAGGUAUGUUUAACUAGAAGUGAUGUUUUUCACAGUGAGAAUUUCUAUCGACAAUGAAUACGUUAUCAGAAAUUCACUGAGAAUAUGUUCGUGUAUCGUACGAAUCAUCCAAAAACUGGCGCUCAAUCAUAAAGUGUCGACGAGACUGUGAGUGGAUGUGAACGUAGGUUUUUUAUUCGUAUACUUACCAACACUCACGCUCUUACCCAUCGACACCUACAUCUACUCAUCAUCAGGCUUGAAAACACUACAAAUUAGUCUAUUCCGAUUUUUCCUGCGCUCUCAAAGGCUGUCAAAAAUGUUUAGAAAAUAAUAAAAUAUGCUUGGAAAGUAAAGAUCACGGGGAGCGGGUAUAAUAGCACUGACUGCCUUGGAUUUCAUGAUUAAAGGUUUUAGAUACUUUGUUGUGCAGUUUUUGUAGAGAUUUGAAUAAGAAAUCGUUUGUAACGAAGCUUAUAUUUCUAGGAUGGAUUUUGGCAGAGAUAUUAGUAAAACACUGGUGAUAUCAUCGUUGAUGCCGCACCUGAUACUAACAUUUUAUGAUAUUUGUAGUCGAGGAGAAAGCUGACUAUUCGUAACAAUCCUCCCUUUCAAUCACUAUGGAUCAUUCAGAUAGAUCAGAAAAUCACUCUGAAAAAAAUGCCUUUUGUCUAGAAAACAGAUUUUGAAGGUAUAUAGGCAAAUGUCAUGAUGAUAUACGGAAUCAUCGUAAUUGAUAAACGUAGACCUAGUGUAUAUCAUCGAAAUAACGAUUUACCAGUUGCAUUGAUUCCUUCGUAACUGCAUAGAAAAGAUUUAGACAGAACUAAUAAGAAUAUUCACAGAAACUAUCAGCUAAGUAUUUUUACUAGGAAAAUAAUAAUACUUUUUGUUAGAAUUUUAUAUAAUAGCAUGAAUCUUGUCUGUUAUUAGUAAAGAAAAGCAAUUACUCGGCAUUGAUAUUGAAUUUUUAUCAGCAUCAUGUAAAUGCUAGUGGUUUCCAUAAAAAGCAAUACUGUUCUAUUUCUAAAAGAUAAAUUCUCAGAUGUGAACAAUUCAACUUUUUCCAGGAGACCGUCUGUUUGUGCAGCGUGCGAAUACUAAUUUAAUAAGUUUGUCAAACUAUUGUUUUUUUUAUCAACAUCAACAUAAAGCAGCUAAAUAAUAGUAUCAAUGCGUAUAAGAAAAUUCAGAGCAAAACUAUCCCAGUAGAUGCUAUUGAGGCUAGCAGUAUCUACCAAUGUUUGCAGUAGGAUUCGAUCGGAUUACACAGUAGGUCUUUCGUCUUGGACGGUAUUAAAAUACUUCUUUAACAGCCAAAACAAAAUACUAACAUACUCUUAACAUAAAUACUCAGAGAGUACGAUUAAUAUGGAUUCUGCUCUGUUAGAGAGGCAAUUAGAUGAAAAGUGGUAAAAAUAUUGAUACGAAACAUCAUUUGACAAUUCAGCUCUUAUUUUAUAAUUAAUUAAAUCCUCAUCAUUCUAGCACCAGCAUCAUUUGCACAAGCUCGUAUAUGGCUUGACGAAAGAAUUCGAUUCGAUCCAGACAAGCCUCAAAUAGCCAUCUAUAAUAUGCCUUUUGUUUAUCGUUUGCAACCAGAUCAUACAUUAUCGAUUAAACAACUUCGUCAUGCUCUUCAUCUCACUGUUGACAAACAUCCCUCACUCCAUACAUCAGUCAUCUUUGAUACAGAAAUGAAUCAACUUAUGCAGCGAGUUAUUACGCGAAAAGAUAACUACACUGAUGUGUUUUCAAUCAUCGAAACUACUCAUGAAACAGAUGAACAGUUGAAUGAAAUUUUGCAUGACGAGAAACGUAAUCCUCAACAUUUUGAUCCUGCUCAAGGUCU